AUGUUCAAACGAAGAAUACUCAGAAUUAUUUCAUUAGCCACUACAAAUGUCACACAAUGCCGGUUUGUAUAUUUGAAUAAUGAGUAUCCAGCGACAUAUCAAAUAUCGAGGUUUACAAGUAGUUUUCGACCACAAUGUUCAGAACGACAUUUGCACUCGAGUGCCCGACUGUUCGCAGUCGAAGAAGUAAAGGCUCCCACUUUCCCAGAUUCCGUUUCCAGUGGUGAUAUUAAGUUGAUAAAGAACGAAGGUGACGCGGUGGGGAUGGACGAAGUGGUGUUAGAAAUUGAAACGGAUAAGACGGCCCUUCCCGUGAUGUCACCAGGCAACGGGAAGAUUGUCAAAAUGCUGGUCAAAAACGGGCAGUCAGUUAAAUCCCAACAGCCAUUGUUUCAGGUGGAUGUGACAGGUGUUGCACCAGCUAAAGCGCCUGCUGCACCAGCACCAGCACCUGCUGCUAAGCCUGCGGCAGCAGCACCAGCAGCUGCAAAACCCGCUGCUUCUGCCCCAGCGCCUGCCCCUGCCGCCGCCCCAGCAGCAGCUAAAGCAGCUAAACCAACUGCACCAGCUGGACCUACUCUGGCAGCGCAGAAAAUCGGCGAUCCAACAAAAAUUUCCGGCACCCGAACUGAAUUUCCAGUACCAAUGAACAGAAUGAGAAAGCGAAUUGCGGAGCGGUUGAAGGAAGCCCAGAACACGUGUGCUAUGCUCACCACUUUUAACGAGUGUGACAUGAGCAAACUUAUGGCAUACCGCAAGGCGAACUUGGCAGCGUUUACAAAGAAGUACGGAGUGAAAUUGUCCUUCAUGUCGCCAUUUUUGAAAGCGGCCGCCAACGCGCUACUUGACCAGCCGGUGCUCAAUGCGGUCAUCAUCGGUGAUGACGUCAUUUAUAGAGACUAUGUGGAUAUAUCCGUCGCAGUAGCCACACCAAAGGGCUUGGUUACACCUGUGUUGCGUAACGUGGAAUCCAUGGACUAUCCUAGAAUAGAAUUAGGCAUGAACGCACUUGCAGAGAAAGCCAGGACAGGUAAGCUCACCCCAGCGGACAUGCAAGGCGGAACGUUUACAAUAAGCAACGGGGGCGUAUUCGGCUCAUUGUUGUCUAUGCCCAUCAUCAAUAUGCCACAAUCUGCAAUUUUGGGCAUGCACGCAAUUGUGCCGAGGCCGGUCGCAAUUAGCGGAAAGGUUGAAAUCAGACCCAUGAUGUACCUAGCUCUGUCAUAUGACCACAGAUUAGUGGAUGGACGUGAAGCUGUAUUUUUUUUGCGAAAAGUGAGAUCUGGAGUUGAAGAUCCUACAUCAAUAGUAGCUGGACUUUAA